AUUUAAUGUAUACUUCGUAUCUAUUAAUGUUUAUAUAUAUGCUUUCUAUGAGGAAUGAUCAUGUGAUGAUAAAAAAAAUGAGGAAUGAUCAUGUACAUAUGGAUGUACGGGGGGUUCCGUACGGACAAAGCCAUUAGAGGUCCUUCCGGGAGCAGCUCAUUCAUUCAACAGAACCACACGAAUUCAUUCCCAGUAUAUACAGUAUCUGUUUGAAAGAUCGAAGGAUGUAGUCUGUCUUCUAUCAUUUUCCCCAUUUAUGCAGUUAAGGCAUAAUGUAUAAACAAAAUAGAAGUUGGAUGUAUGAUAAAGAUGCGGUAUUGUACGGAAUGCAAUCAAAUUUUCUCGAGGGAGUUGGGGAAUUUAUUGAAUUUGCACUUGAACAUCCGGCUUAUAUGAGUGGUGAUAAAAUAAGAUGUCCAUGUUCAAAGUGUAAAAAUCUCAAAUUUAAAGACCCACACGAAGUUGGGUAUGAUUUGUACGCGGUCGGUUUUGUUCCCAAUUAUUAUAAUUGGACUUCUCACGGCGAACCUUUGGAUCCAUCUGUUAUACCACAAACGGUAGGUUCGUCUCGUUACGUCCCUCCAGAGAUGAGUGUGUGGGGAGACCGUGCUGAAAUGAGGUGGGACCAACAAAUGGUAUAUGACGCAUACGGUGUACCGAUGUCUCAGUUCAACCCCCCACAACCACCUAACGACCCCCCUGAAGCCUCAACCUCGUAUCAACCAGAUGCGGAUGAAAAUCCGACAUUUUAUCAACCUUAUGUGGAUGAAGGUUUGGCUGAGAGAUUUCAGGAUGUUCUAAAAGCUGCCGACCAACCUCUGUAUGCUGAUUGUGAGGGAUACUCUCAGCUAUCCGCCGUUACUGAAUUCAUGAACAUAAAAGCCGAAUACAGUCUCCCUGAAACUUGCAUGAAUAGAGUCUUGCAGUCAGUAGGAGGGAUGCUACCGCGAGAUCAUACCCUUCCGGAUUCAUAUUACCACAUGAAGCAGUUAAUGUCUAAGUUGGGGCUACCUUGUGUUGAAAUUGAUGCGUGCCCGGAAGGGUGUAUGUUGUUCUGGAAGGAGGAUGAGGCACUUGAGUUCUGCAAGUUCUGUGGUGGAGACAGAUACAAACCUGUUCGUCAAGGUAAAAAGAAACCACGACAUAGGUCUGCACUGUCUAAACUGUAUUACCUCCCAAUAGCUCCUCGACUGCAGAGGAUGUACGCUUCGACUGCUACUGCGAAACACAUGACAUGGCAUGUUGAGCACGAAACCAACGACGGUAUGAUGGCUCACCCUUCGGACUGUGAAGCCUGGAGACACUUUGACCGCUGUCAUCCUCAGUUUGCUAUGGAGCCACGAAAUGUGCGGCUGGGAUUGUGCUCAGAUGGAUUUGCUCCUUUUGGCAGGUUUGACAAGAACUAUUCAUGUUGGCCGGUCAUGUUAACUCCUUACAAUCUCCCUCCCGACAUGUGCAUGAAAAGUCAUUUCAUAUUUUUGUCUUUAAUUUGUCCGGGUUCCAAGGAUCCUGGGCGAAAGAUAGACAUUUAUCUCCAACCCCUUAUCGAGGAGAUGAAAGAACUGUGGGCCGUUGGGACACCAACUUAUGAUGUUUCAUCAGAUAAAAUGUUUAUCAUGAAAGCUGCCAUCAUUUGGACCAUUAGCG